AUGACGCGGGGCGCUGCCGCCUCCCCUGGGCGCAAAGGCGCUUGGGAACCGCUUCCUGUCAUUGUAUACGGAUAUGCUGUGCAUCCUCUCUCCCCCUCCCACAGGGAUACCCGUAUCUCCCACAAAUAUCGCUCGUCGACCGCAACGGCCUCGUCAUCUGCCGACUCGCUCGUGCACAGGGAUGUCGUUUCUUUGGAAGUCGGAGACCAGGUCUACGCCUUCGAGAAGUACACCCCCAAAGGCAAAGAGACGGAAGGGAUUUGGUACAGAGGCUAUGUGGUUUGCACGACACGACGCCCUCCCGUAUCUUGGAACGCGUCCUCGGACCCUUCAUCCUCGAAGGCCCCCAAGGUCGAAGAGCCUCAGCAGGUUUUUAUAGGUAUCUUCCCUGCAUCCCACAUUUAUAUUAGGGAUGAACUUCCAGAUGCCGAGGGGCGUCUAGCCGACGUGGCUGCUGCGUUUCACAACGGUGCAGAUGUUUCGCUGGAUGUCUUCAAGGCUGGGGCCAUGGACACGCUCCGGGAGGAAGAGGAAGAUGAUGCUUUAGCACAGAGGAAAUCUUUCAAGCUCGGACCACCUCCUGACCAGGCGAAGUCUUCGCGAGCAGGCCUUCUUGUGUACACCCCUAGCAUUCGCUCUGUGUCCUCUUCCGAUUCGCACGAGAUGAACAAGCCGCUUCCUCCUCGUCCAUCUCUGAAGUCUGGAGACGAUACAGCAUCAGGUGCGGCACAGCCUAUCAUCGAUGAGAUCGCUUCCGCUCUUCGCGAAUGGCACACCCUCAUGUUUCAGUACUUGGCUCGCCGCGACUACAAACUCUUCCAGACGGUACGCGAGCACAUAGAGGCGCUCCAUCUGGGUCGCCGACAGCUACUUGCACAGACCCUCAGCACCGAAGAAACACUCAAUCUUCGGCGCGACUGUGUUAUGCGGUUGGUGAGCGGAAACAUCGUACAGGGCCUUGAUGUCAUCGUUCGGCACCCCACAGGUGGAGGUUUGGUCACCGUUGAUGCAGACGGCGAACUCGACACUCGAAAUUGGAUGAGUGCCGUUCGGAUGUAUGCCAUGCAAGCCUCAUUGGCUUAUAUGAAUGCAGCUCCUGAACCCGUCAAAGGUCUGCGGUCUCAUCUCAGUAUGGAUAGCCCGAACAUGGCGCCUCUCCCUACUCCGGCUCACUCAGCAUUUCCCGAAUAUACCCGGACAAGGAGCCAUUCUCACAGAUUCGAUUCUUUUUCUAGUAUGAAGGAUUCAACGCCUAAAUUUUACCAUGUAUUCCUCGAACUGCGCGCAUUCGUAGCCUCCCUCUGCUCUCCUGGCGAGACAGCAGAACUCUACUUUUCUUUGUAUAACAAGAACGAAUCCCGGUUUGUCACAGAAGAUUUCUGUGCCAUCCUUAAUCACAAUGGGGUCCUCUCACGCGAUCCUUCGGCUCGCAUCCGUACUCUUUUCACAGACUUAGCCCAGUCCGACGUACGAGACCCGGUCUAUCUAGUGUGUCGUAUCGUCCGAAAUGGGUCGCUCAAGAUUGGAACCCACAUGAGCAGCGGUGUACCACAGUCUAUGGAUGGGGGCAGACGGGUUUCGGAUGUUUCUUCUAGAGAUUCAAGCCCAGUUGUGUGGAACGAAUCGACGCUCAACCUCAAUUUUGGUGGUCGUCAGACAACAUCGGACAAUUAUGCGACCUACCGGCGGCCAUUUGGAUGUGCGGUCCUGGAGCUCACCCAGUUGAGCAAACUCGCCGCUGAUCAUAGCGAGGUCUCUUCGACCAAAGAGUUCACAAUGCCCAUCUUUGUACCUGCCAAUGAGGCUAUCUUCUCGAUGCUACAUCAGGACAUCAUUGGCAACAACUCGAAGGAAUUCGAGAAGUCCCCCAGGGCCGAAAUGAUUGCAGUCUCAGUCAAAAUCUUUCACGGCAAUGCUAGCACUAUUGUGAAGGAAAACACAUCCCUGCUUUCUGAUGUACCGCCGACUCUGCGGCUUGGUUUUCCCGAUGUCGUGUUCCCUGGCGAUGUUCGGAACGAGCUCUACAUCAAACUCUGGAGCGGCGACUUUCCUUCUUCUCACAAUAGCACAGCACGGCGUAGUGUUCCUAAUUUCGCUCUUGCUCGAUCCGGGAUGCCCACAACCAACAACAUCCAAGUUACUAUGGAGGUGCGCGAUCGAGAUGGGAGAAUCAUCGACGAUAUUAUAUCGCAGGGAAGUGGUGAGCCCAAAGUAUCACAGUUUCACUCCAUGGUGUUCCUUCGCAAUAGCCAGCCAACCUUUGGUGAACUCGUCAAAUUGAAUUUCCCCACGGAUAAUCUUCCCCAGUGGCACCUGUUUUUCACUUUCAGAUAUCGUAGCUCAAGGGACAAACAAACUAGUCGGGGUGAUAGCUCGGAUCGGCCGUUUGCGUUUGCAUUCUUACCUCUCGCGCCGGAGGGUCUCUCGUUCCUCGAAGAUGGGCCUCACACACUCGUGCUCUACCGAGCAGAUCGGCUGAACCAAGUCACGCCAGAGUUAUACCUGGGCGCGAAAUCAUGGUUGGCGGCUAGUCAACGGCCAGAGCAGGUUGCUGUUCCUACUGAACUACAGAGGAUCGCACCACCUAUGCGGGACAACUUGGUGAUUCGUUCUUCUCUCUGUUCUACUCGUCACACCCAACAUUCCGACCUGCUGAGUCUCCUCAAUUGGUCUUCUAUCAAUGACGCACAAGUGCUUUCAGCCGUCUUGACUAGGUUCACUUUUGUUGGCGAACUCGAAAUUGUCAAGUUUUUGCGGAAUAUCUUCGACUCGCUGUUCGGCAUCCUCGUUUCGAAGAGCAACCAGUCUGGCGAGAUGGAUCUGCUUGUUUUCAAUGCUCUCGUGACUGUCCUUGGUAUAGUUCAAGAUCGACGCUUCAGCAAUUUCCAGCCUGUAUUGGACAUUUACAUCGAGAAACACUUUAAUUGUGCGGGCGCGUCGUCGCACAUGAUACAAUCUAUGAAUCGUCUGCUGGCCAACCCAACAUCGUCCGAAUCUGCCCAGCCCCUGCGUGCCGCUCUCAAAGUCUGGCAUUAUAUCUUCAAGUUCAUUGCUAGAUCGAGGGAGCUGCAGAAGGCGAAGGAAAUGGGUAUGGGCGGCGGGGCUACCGCGGAACACUUAGAGGCAACAUUCAGACGAGAUCUGCAAUCCCAUUUGUUAGAGGUCACUCGAAUGAUGGCCACCACCUCACCCCCUUCGGUUAUCGGCACUCAGACCAUCGCACUGCAGCAUUUCACAUCCAUCCUCCCGGAAUUGGCCAAAAUAUUCUCUACUGUGGAGUUGGUGGCGAUUGCGACCAGAUUUGCCAAUGCAGUCGUCGGGGUCAGAGGCAAAAUCGUCAUCUGGAAACUCAUCAUGUAUCUUCAGAUCGUCAAAGGUUUCUUAUUCGAUAACGCACAGUCGCGACUACUACUUGUCGAGGCGGUAGGCUCUUGGAUCAAGCCUCAUUUCGGAAAGUUUGAUGAGUACGCGCAUAUAGUGCCGGGAGAUGUCGAUGCUUUACAGGACACGGCAAGAGUCAACUGGCUAGAGAGCAUCAGGCUGUGCGUGACUAUUAUCGCGCUCAUGCUGGACAAACUCCAGCAGUGCCUGGUCGAUCCUGCUAUCGUUGCGAACCACAACCAUCUUCGUCAGGAACAGGACAACAUAGAAUAUCUACUCUCGUUGAUUCCAAGGCUGCUUGCUUCAUACCGAGAAUUCCAAAAUCCCGCAAACGCGAAGGCAGUGCAACAAAUCAGGUCUCCAGCCACAACUCCUACACCCAUCCCCGUGAUCUUCCCGGAAUCAUACCCAUUCUCGCUGGUUGCUCAUCUCCCCAACACGUCGAAAAAGUUCAAUGGUGCUUAUCACGGAGAGGGCCAGAUACUGUUUAGCCCUGCACAAGGCGAGACGGCCGUCACAUUCCUGGUCCUUGUAUUAUCGUGUACAAAGAAGCACCUCCUGGACUUCUUUGCAUCAAUCUUCGAAAUUGAAGGACGAGAUAACUUUGCUGCUCUGUUGAUGCAGUUCUUCGAAGUCGCCAGUUCGAUCUUGGACAAUGAUGCGUGGCCAAGCAAUUGGUUGAACGUCAAUAUUCUGGCGCAUAAGGUCCUGAUCAAAAUGAUGGAAUCUGUCGCUGUUUUCUUAGAGAAGGAUUUCAUUCCCGGUCCGGAUGAGACCUUCCAAUUCAAUGUCGAUCUAUGGAGGGACGGGAUCCACAUGCUGCUCAAGCUUCUUUCAUCUGACCAAUUGGUCAUUGAAGAAUUCAGCCCCCAGAAACGCCGAGCCGUGUGGCGGCUUGCUGGCGACAUACGCGGCGAUGGAGCAGCAAUCUUACUACAGCUCUGGGAUGUCCUUGGUUGGUCUGAGGAGCUAUCUGAGAGGACGGGGGCGGGAUAUCAAACUUUGCUAAGUUCCCUCGUCGGUCAUGUCGUCAAUCUUUGCCUCAGCCAUCACGAUCAACUCCGUAGUAACGCCGUCCAAAUUCUCUACAGCAUGAUCGUUUCGCAGUACCACGCUCACCAGCACUUCGACAACAUUGAGAACGAACUAGUCAAUAAACUCGACUCUUUGUUCAUGUCCGAUAGCAAAGGAGACGACAUUUCACGAGCCUUUUUCAUCAGUCAACUUCGCCAGUUGUUCGACUCGUCCUCUUUGGAUGAACAGCUUCGAGAGAGGGUAGCCAACUUCUUACAAUCCGUGGAUGACUUCCUGGAUCUUCUACUGAACGUCCGUGCGCUGCCCGAGGGCGAUGAAUUUGCCGACGAUCGUGUCAUCGCUACUCUCCGACUCAUGAACUUCAUCCGUCGCAUUGGUCGAAAUGAGAUCUAUAUCAAAUAUGUUCAUCAACUAGUCAACAUGCAUCUUCAGUCGCAGAACUUUGUCGAAGCAGCACUCACGUUGAAGCUACAUUCCGAUCUCCACGAAUGGGAUCUCAAUUCGUUUGUUGAACCCAUGGAGGAACUUGGCCUACCACAGCAGUCACAAUUCCAUCGAAAAGAGACUCUUUCGUUGCUGAUAUUAGAUUAUCUCGGCAGAGGAAAAGCAUGGGAGAGUGCCAUCGAGAUCUGCAAGGAGCUGGUCUUUCAGCAUUCAGAGGUCACGUUUAACUAUGGACGUCUCGCUGAGAUUCUGCGCCAUCAAGCUGCUCUCUUGGAGCAUAUCGUCACCGAUCAGCGCUACUAUCCUGACUAUUUCCGAGUUGCUUUCUACGGCGAUUUCCCAGCUGCCAUUCGCAAUAACCAAUUCAUUUACCGAGGGUUCGAGUGGGAAAAGUUUGGGGCUUUCUGCGAACGCAUGCUCAACAAGCACCCAGGCGCACAGCUCCUCAGAACUGUAGGAGAGCCUCCUGUCGACAUCAAGUUUGGGAACGACCAAUACAUUCAAUGCACAGCCGUUACGCCAGAGCCAAAUCAAGCGCUGCCCAUCUUCACCAAUCCUGAUGUUCCGGUCGCAGUACGGACAUACUAUGAACACAGCGCAAUCAACCUGUUCAGCUGUUCGCGGCCAGUGCCCAAAUUGGACAGCGAAGGUGUGGAGGAAGUAUGGAUCGAAAAGACCUACUUUACCACGGAGGAAUCGUUUCCCACGGUUUUGCGACGAUCCGAGGUCGUCGCGCGGGAAGUGCUAGAAAUCUCGCCGAUCGAAUCCGCUCUUCAAGAUGUCGAACAAAAGACAAGGGAGUUGGCGGCCCUGAACAUUCGAUACUCGGCAUUGUCCAAGACAGCGCAGGUUUUGUCAACGAAUCCUCUCGCCAUGACUCUAAAUGGCGUCGUCGACGCACCUGUCAACGGCGGCAUUGCUCGCUACAGGCAGGCGUUCUUGACCCCAGCCUAUCUCAUCAGGUAUCCCGAGCGUGCAGAGGAUGUGGAGAGGUUGCGAAACAGCAUCGACGAGCAGGUCCGCGUCAUUGACCAUUGCUUGCGGCUGCAUGGGCAGUUGUGCCCGCCGGAGAUGCUGGCGUUCCACGAAACCAUGGAGAAGUGGUUCAGGAAAAACUUCCAGGACGAGAUCCGUCGGCUGUCUGUCGACGGACAGUCCGAGCGGCCGUUGUCCCGCAUGACUGGCCUGCCGGCCGUAUCCUCUUACGCGUCCUCCGUGAACGAGACGGCAUCCCUCCAGCGCACGGUGUCCACAACAUCCACCACGCGCCCGCCGUUCGUCAUCCCUCCCCUCCAGCUCGGGCGUCCGGUCAUGACGCCGCCUCCGGACUCGCCGCGGGAGAGCGCCAAUCCUGGCGGCAGCGCCGCGCCGAAGCAGACGCCGCUGCAGCGGCACCUCGCGCACCUCGCGCGGCACGGAAUGAACGGCGUGUCGUCAGCCCCUGGAGAGGGCGGCACCGGGAGCGACUCGGUCUCGGCUGGCUCGCCGCAGGGCUCGCUGUUGAACGUGGUCGGCGUGGGAGGACAUCCCAUCGCGGCUAGUAGUGGGUCGAUCAUUGGCAGUGUGGGCGGCUCCCUGAGAGGGCGCUUCUCGCGGUUGGGGAGCCUGAACUUCGGGCGGAAGGAUGGUCCAUGAUGUGCGCUCUUGUUUUUUAUUUUCGUUUCAUUUCGUCCUGUUUUCCCGUUUUCGUUUCGCUCGGAUGGAGGU